AUGUUCCGCCAAGCUCUCGCCCGCAACGUUCGUCUCUUCUCCACCUCCGUCCGCUUCCAGAAGGGCCCCAUAGAGGUCGCGAAGGAUGCUGCCAAGGCGGUUGACAGGACCAUCUCGGACGCUGCUGUGAAGGGCAUCGAAAAAGGCGAGCAAGCCGCCGAAGCCGUGAAAUCCACCGUCGGCUCCACCACCUCCAGCGUCAGCGACAGCACCACCAACGCCACGGGCACGACCAGCGACGUGGUGGGCUCAGCGUCCGGCAAGGCGUCGGAGAUGGCCGGCCGCGCAAAGGGCACCGCGCAGGAGAUGGCGGGCAAAGUGACUGGCGAGACGUCUGCGGACGCGUCGGAGCUGACGGGGCAGGCGAAGGGCAAGGCGAAUGAGUUGGCGGGACGCGCCAAGGGUACUGCGCAUGAGAUGGCGGGGAAGGCGACGGCGACGAAGGAGGAGGUUAAGGCGAAGAUGUAG